AUGGAGUCCGCUGCCAUCGACGUACAGGAACUUGAAGAUGCCACCCGAUCGGAUUCAGUUCUCAACAGUGUCAAAGAAUGUUUGCGGUCAGGAAAUUGGGACAAAGAGCAGGCUAAACCAUUUGCUUCAUUCAAGGACGAACUUGGAUUGGUAGGAGAUUUGUUGGUCCGGGGAAACAAACUUGUCGUACCUAUUAAACUUAAAUCAAGAAUGCUUGACAUUGCCCAUGAAGGACAUCCGGGAGAGUCCUUAAUGAAACGCCGUCUCCGUGAGCGCGUGUGGUGGCCGGGCAUGGAUAAAGAUGCCGUGUCCCGAGUAAAGACGUGUGAAGGCUGUCGUCUGGUUGGACUACCAAGCAAACCGGAACCGAUGAGCCGUCGCUCUCUACCUUCUGGACCAUGGAUCGACACCGCUAUUGAUUUUUUGGGUCCUCUGCCAUGUGGUUCUUAUCUUUUGGUUAUCAUCGACUAUUAUAACCGUUAUAAAGAAAUUGAAAUCAUGUCGAAAAUAACCGCUAAAGAUACCAUUAACAAGCUUGACCGAAUCUUCACUCGCUUAGGUUACCCUCGGACCAUUACGCUCGACAAUGCCAAGCAGUUUAUCGGCACUGAACUAGAGAUGUACUGCAAGUACCACGGAAUCGCGUUGAAUCAUUCGACACCGUACUGGCCGCAAGAGAACGGUCUGGUGGAGCGGCAGAACAGAUCUCUCAUAAAACGCCUCCAGAUCAGUGCUGCCUUCGGAAGAGACUGGAAACAGGACCUGCAGGACUAUCUUAUCAUGUACUAUACGACGCCUCAUUCCAUAACCGGGAAAACGCCCACCGAACUAAUGUAUGGCCACACAAUUCGAUCUAAGCUCCCAGCAAUUGGAGAUGUUGAGACGGUUCCGCCACAAACAGAGUUCAGAGAUCGGGACCAACAAUUGAAAGAAAAGGGGAAGGAAAUGGAAGACACUCGUCGUCGUGCAAGAAAGUCUUCAAUAGAGUCAGGGGAUACGGUUCUUAUGCAGAACUUAAAACCUGGAAACAAGCUGCUCACCACCUUCAGCCCAAAACAAUACCUUGUUCUGUCACGGUCUGGCUCACGGGCUACAGUCGAAGACCUCCAGAAUGGCAAAUCAUAUGAUAGGAACGUUGCGCAUCUUAAAAAGAUUGUUCAGCCAGAGAUUGUAUCAGACGGGGUACCUUUCAAUAACAGUGACGAUCAAGAUGAGUUGCAGGCGUCAUCUGAAGAGGAUUUCCAUGGCUUUGAUUCAGAGGUAACGAAUUCCGAGACUAAUUCAUCUGAACCCAUCAUACCUGCUCGCCAGCGCAGAUCAGCCAAGAAACCUAGUCGGUUCAAUGACUACUACAUGUAG